AUGGACUUGUUGGGUGUAACUCUUCAACAAGUGAUGCAGGCAGGGAUCGUAGGACUGCCCUUAAUUAAGGUACCCCUUGUUUCAGCUGUAUGCACCAUGGUGGCCCUAUUGGCUGGAAUUUUGGGGUACUUGUAUGGACCCUAUUGGGGUGUUAGAAAGGUACCUGGUCCUCCUGUCGUUCCUCUCCUAGGGCACCUGCCCUUGCUGGCUAAGUAUGGUCCUGAUGUGUUCGCUGUCCUUGCCAAACGCUAUGGUCCUAUCUUCAGAUUUCACAUGGGAAGACAACCACUGGUAAUUGUUGCUGAUCCAGAGCUAUGUAGAGAAGUUGGUAUAAAGAAAUUCAAAGACAUUCCCAACAGAAGCAUUCCAUCUCCAAUCUCUGCAUCCCCUCUUCAUCAAAAAGGUCUCUUUUUCACCAGGUAUAUAUGUAGUGAUACUAAUGUUCUACAGAAUCCAAACUUCAAAUGA